AUGUCUUCUGCCGUGAUCCACAGUGAUGACCUCGACAUGGAGCCCACGCUCCAGUCGAUCAUCAACCAGAAAACCCUCCGCUGGAUCUUCGUCGGCGGUAAAGGUGGUGUGGGUAAAACCACCACCUCCUGCUCGCUCGCGAUCCAACUUGCCAAAGCUCGCAAGUCCGUUCUCUUAAUCUCGACCGACCCCGCCCAUAACUUGAGUGAUGCAUUUGGUCAGAAAUUCGGAAAGGAGGCCCGUCUGGUGGACGGAUACACCAACCUGAGCGCCAUGGAGAUUGACCCUAAUGGCAGUAUCCAGGAUCUCCUGGCAAAUGGAGAUGGACAGGAUGACGCUAUGGGCGGAAUGGGCAUGGGCAACAUGAUGCAGGACCUCGCGUUCAGCAUCCCCGGUGUUGACGAAGCUAUGUCUUUUGCCGAAGUCCUCAAGCAAGUGAAAUCACUCUCAUACGAGGUGAUCGUCUUCGAUACCGCGCCCACUGGCCACACCCUGCGCUUCCUGCAGUUCCCAACCGUUCUCGAAAAGGCACUGGCGAAGCUUUCCCAGCUCUCAACGCAGUUUGGCCCCAUGCUGAACUCAAUCUUGGGCGCACGGGGUGGUCUGCCUGGUGGACAAAACAUGGAUGAACUCUUGCAGAAAAUGGAAUCUCUGCGGGAGACUAUUGGUGAGGUCAACACGCAGUUCAAGAACCCGGAUAUGACCACCUUUGUUUGUGUCUGCAUUGCGGAGUUCCUAUCUCUAUAUGAAACCGAGCGCAUGAUCCAGGAGUUGACUAGCUAUGGUAUUGAUACUCACUCCAUUGUUGUGAACCAGUUGUUGUUCCCCAAGGAUGGAAGUCAGUGUGAACAGUGCAAUGCCCGGCGGAAGAUGCAGAAGAAGUACUUGGAACAGAUUGAAGAGCUGUACGAGGACUUCAACGUGGUCCGUAUGCCAUUAUUGGUAGAAGAGGUCCGUGGAAAGGAAAAGUUGGAGAAGUUCAGUGACAUGCUGAUCAAUCCUUAUGUCCCUCCCCAGUAA